AAUAUCGUAUGUUAUGAAGUUAUAUAACGCGUAAACCGCACUUGUUAAAUAUUCUGUUUACCGUUUAGCUAUUUUCAAGAAUGCGCAUCAUUUAUCUGUCAAAACGACCGUGUCGAUUUUGGACAAAGGUUUGGAGUCGCAAUAUCUGUUUAUCGCGUAAAAUGUCUGCAAAUUCACCUCCCGGAAAAAGUGACGAUGAUGGCACUCAGGACAGAGCCGUCCCGCCAAUUCCGAUUCCGAUUCGAGACUUGGAAGUGGAUUCAAUUCGAAGAUUUUUAGCUUCGAAGCUCGGUUUCUAUGAACCGCCAGAACUUACUGAAUCAAACGUAGAAAAGGUUUUAGAUGAAGUAAGUUUGGAUGGCGUUGCAAAAUGGAUAAAAAACAUACGAUGCCGAAACAUUAUAACUUUAGCCGGAGCUGGAAUAUCAACAUCUGCCGGAAUACCUGAUUUUCGAAGUCCGCACACAGGAUUGUACCACAAUUUGCAGAAAUAUAACUUACCUGAGCCCCAGGCUAUUUUCGAAAUUAACUUCUUUCGACAAAACCCGAAGCCAUUCUUCACAUUGGCUAAAGAACUAUUUCCCGGAAAAUUUAAACCUACUAUAUCUCAUUAUUUCAUAAGACUUUUACAUGAAAAGGGUCUCUUGCUCCGCCACUAUACACAGAAUAUAGAUACACUAGAGAGAGGCGCCGGUAUCCCAGAGGAUAAAAUAGUUGAGGCACAUGGUACUUUCUAUACAUCACAUUGCUUGGAAUGUCGUAAAGAAUAUUCUUUACAAUUUAUUAAGGAUAUCAUAUUCGCAGACCAGAUUCCGAUAUGCACUGAUUGUCCCGGUAUUGUAAAGCCAGAUAUAGUCUUUUUUGGUGAAAGUCUGCCGGAACGUUUCCAACACUGCUUGCAGGAAGACUUUAUGAAGUGUGACAUGCUGAUCAUAUUAGGUUCCUCUCUAGAAGUCCAGCCAUUUGCAUCAUUGAUUGAUAUGGUACCAGAUUGGUGUCCGAGGCUUCUCAUAAAUCGUGAGAAGGCUGGUGUUAAAUCUCCUUUACUACGACUUUGGGGGCUCAUGAGUGAAGGUCUGAAUCUUGAUGGAUCCUCUAUUCGGGAUAUUGCAAGACUUGGAGACUGUGAUGACGGUUGUUUGGAGCUAGCAGAUAAGCUUGGAUGGGGAGAUGAGCUUCGAGCACUGGUUGCUAGAGAACAUGAACGUCUGGAUCGUGAAGGAAACUUGGCGAAACCCCAUGCUCCUGUGCCAACUGCCAAUGAACCUAUCGCUGAACACCAUGCAGUGCCUACUGAGCCUAAGCUAUGAACAUAUUAAUGGUUAGACAUUUGCUACUGCAUUAUUUAUGCAAUUGAUUUAAAAUUAUAUUAUACUGUAGUGUUGUCACAAUAGAAGAAAUAAUUUUGUUAAAAAAACUUUUUUGAAAUUUAUAUUACGUUACUUGUGUUCUCUGUCAACCACAUGGUAACUGUAGUUUUUAUAUGUGACAACCUUAUAUUAAAAUAUAUAAAUCCUUGAAGAAUUAUAAGCAAUUCCAUUAAAUAAGCUUCCAAAUAUUUUUAAAUAUCUAUGUUUCAGUGAUAGUGUAUAGUCUAUUCUAAUAGCAGGAGGAGCAAAACUAAACAAACCUUUGAUAUUACAUUCGAUUUGCAGAUAGCUCUACUUAUAAUGCAAUACGAAACUACAUAAAUUAAUUUAAAUUUGAAAUCCAUGCUUUCAAUAUCAAUUUUGCCGCUUUAGGACAUUUUUUGAUAAUUAAAAUGAAUGAUAAAUUACGUAAGAAUUUUAUCUCAUUCUGAUUUUUUAAAUAUUUUUUUUAAAUUCCUCCUUACUUUAUAAAAUUAAAUAAUCACACAAAAUAUUGCAAUAUAAAUAAACAAAAUGCAUAAUAUAUUUGUAGUUUUAUACAAACGAAAUUCCAAAUAAUGCAAAAAGAGAGAGAAAAUAAAUAUUUUUUUUUUAUUAGCAACACUGUCCACAGAUUACUAAAUCAAGUGUGUGUCAAUUUAAGGUUAUAUUUGUUUAUUUAUUUUCUCCUCGAUAUGAAUGGACUAUAGGUGCCUAGUUUUUAUUUAAUAAUUUAUUUUUUAAUUAGGGGUUGAUAUAAUUAUUUCUUAAAUUCCUAAUGUCCUAUAGACGAAGCUAUAAAUUAUAGACCGUUAAGAAAUUUCAUUAGUCAAUUAAAUGCAAACUUUGUGCUCUUAGUAUUGUUAUUACUGGAUAAAUGUAACCUGUUAUAAUGUUGUAAGCAUAAGCAAAUGUUAUUAAGAACUAGCAAGACUAUAUUCUGAUGGAAUAUUGUAAACAGCAUACAAUUUUUGAUUUUAUUCGCGAUUAUGGUGAUUUAAAAAUAUUCUACAUUCUAAAUCUUCUUAUAAAUUCAAGUUAAAGAUACUUUCAAGUAACACAAAGGCGCAAUGCCCCAAUGCCUCAUGUAUCCCUCCAUUAAUGUGUCCUGACAGUUCAGCUUAGGUUUGAAUUAUGCAAUUCUGACAUCAUUUUUGUAAAUUAAAUGCUUUCACACUAUUCCUCAGUUUAUAUAUAUUGAUGCCGAUUCUGAUAUACACAAUCCCUUGAAUAAUUUUAUCAGACCUAUAUGUUAAUAUUAAAAACCAGUUUGAAUUAUUGUCACUAGCACCUAAACUGUGUGAUAAAUUUGAUCUCAAUUCAUCUAAAAUUCAGAUUUGUUAAAUAAAAGCUUUUAAAAAUAUGGCUAUCCCUCUCAAUUGAUUACUUAGAAAGGGAUGGCAACAUUGUAGUCGUCGAAUUUAUGUUUUGUGUACAAAGGAAUCGACAGCAUUAUCUAGUCAAAACAUUUCUUAAUAAAAUCAAAUGAAUAAAUAUUGCAUUACAAAAGAAAUAUUCUGACAUAUUGAUCUAUAGAGAAACAUUAUAAAUAUAUAUUAUCUAAUUUAAAGUUAGUCUAUAGGAUUAUUGUAUAGAAUAAAUUUACCUAUAUGGCAAUACAUUUGACUUAAUAAUGUAGUAAAUAUUACAAAUGUAAUUUAUUUGUAGUACAUUUUAUUUGACGACUAUGUUAAUCAGAGAUAAUAAAAAAAAUGCUUAAAUUUAUAACAAAUAUUGAAAAUAAAGUUAAAGGGCAUGUUACUCUAUACAAAAACAAUUAUUGCACACGGAUUGUGAAACUGAAAACUAAGACGUAAUAUAAAAGCGUCCCGAUGAAUAUAGCUCGUUAGUCAACUCAAAAAGAAACGGUUACAAUAAUUAUUUCAUAAAUAUUGGGAUUAUUUAUACUUACUUUUUCGGUUAUCAAAUAAAUAAAAAUUAUAAAACAAAAACAUACGUAAAAUUUAUUAAUUUAAUUUAAUAUUUAAAGCUUACGCAACAAAUGGAAUUAAAUUACAUACUAAUAAAUUGUUCUUAAAAUAAACUGUAUUAUCUGUUUGAAAUAGAUAAUAAGUAAUAAAUAUAUGUAUGGCACCACAAGUUUAGGUAAUGUUGGAUAUAAGCAGAAACAAAAGUUUAAAAAUAACUGAACACAGAUAGCAUAAUUAACAUUAUAACAUUUUAUGUUCAUUUAUUACUUGGCAAUAUUAUACAAUUAUUUUAUUAAAAAAAAAAACUUUAAUUGAUACUUAAAGAACUAGAAGCGAUCAUUAUAUAGUUGUUCUGUAUUCUGCUUAUUUUUUCUAAUAAACUCAUACAUACCACAUUUAAUAAUGUAUCAAGUUCUGCUAUAUUAUGCACUACAGAGAGUUCAUGAUUAAAAUAUAUUUAGAUAUACAACAUUAUUCCACUUAUUUAUAUCAAUUUAAUUUUGUUUGAAAAGCUCAAUAACACCUUCGGCGACAUUUAAAACGCAAUCUUUCGCGAACCUUGCGAACUUUCUAAUUAUUUUGAUUGACUCAUCUUGUGCUUGGAGUAGACUCUAGAUGUAAAAUUGUAGUUAAAACUACUUUUGACAGACAGAAAUCAAUUAAAAGUACUUUUGACUAAAUAGGUUGGGUUAAUUUAUGUAAGUAAAAUUUCUGGGUGUACGUAGUGUAUGAAAUAGCAUAGACGUUCUUGUCGGCCCUGAUAAAAUACAGAAGACGUUAAAUUUUAACUAAAACUUUGUGAAGAUAAAAUAAUUACUCCAUAUUAAGUUUUGCCAAGUAAAAACAUCCAACUGUAUCAUAGCUAUUUAAUAUUAUAAGACUUUUAAGUAUAUAUUUUUUAUUUUUUAAUAUUUAGUUAAAUACCAUAGAUAGACGAAUGAAAAAAAAAAUGCCUUGACAAAUUAACAUUGUAGAAUUUUUAUAUUGACUGUAUAAGCAAUAAUUAAUCUGUGUUAAAGCUGUGUUAAGUAAUUAAUAUGAAGAUUUGCUAUUUUUGGUAUCUGUGACGGAUAGUUAUAGUGAAAAGGUUUAAACUCCAUUUUAUAUAGCAGUUUGGAAGAUAACUUGGAGGCUUCCAGAAUAGGGUACUACUAAUACAGCCAGUCGUAUCGACUAGGGGGUACGGAAAUCUGUGAGUUAUUCAACAAUAUAAUUUGUUGAUUUAACAAUUCAGCUAGGUCUUUGCCCUUAGAUUCAUGUUGUAACACCCCGACCCUUCGCUAAAUAGUUUGAGCUAGUGUAGAUUGUAAUUAUGAAAAAAAAAAUGUAUUUCAAAUGGGAUGUGAAAUAAUUUAUUUAUUGUUUAAUUAAAUACAAAUAAUAAAAAAAAUCUGUAAUUGACACUAAAUAUGUUAAUUGUAUCUGUAUAUAUUUUUUUAUUGUUUAUUAAAAUAAAUUAGACAUGAAACGUAAUUUACAGUAAUUUUGUUCGUUUUUUUUUUCAAUUUUAUAUGUGUCCAAUGUACUUAUGACAAAUCUUAUGUUUCAUUUCAUUUGUAGUUGAUUUUAUUUGUGAAUUAAAAUAGUAAUAAAACGCUAUUCAAU